UCUCCUAACGCUAAUCGCAACGCUCAUUAGUGCGGAGUACCAAGUAGUGAGCGGUUUGAAAAUGACAAUAUUAUACGUUUUAUUGUCUUUGUUGGUGGGCUUGCUAACGUUUCUCUUCUGGAAGCACCAGAACGUAAGAAAGCAACUAAAAUGGGCCCCAACCGGACCUACCUAUUACCUAUUAAAACAGUGCGAUCUCAUGGACUCAACAAAAAACUUGGAGCACAUCAGGUCGCUUCUAGCCGAAAACAAUGGACUGUGCUACGUAGAAGUAUUAACCAGACCGGUUUUGUUUGUUUCUGAUAUGAAAAUGUUAGAAUGGCUGCUUUCAUCCAACACCAUUCUUAAAAAGUCCAAAGCGUAUGAUUUUUUGCACGGCUGGCUGCAAGGAGGCCUGUUAAUUUCGGACGGAGCUAACUGGCGCAACAGUCGAAAGAUCCUGAGCCCAGCUUUCCAUUUCGGGGUUUUGGAACAAUAUGUGGAAGUUUUUGAGGAACCGACCCGCGAGUUUCUGAAAAUACUUCGGAAACAAUGCGGAAAAAAUCAGGUAGACAUUCGCCCCUUCGUGAGCACCUUCACUCUGGAUGUGAUUUGCCGAUCAGCUAUGGGUGUUCAGCUAAACAUCCAGACAGAAUCCAAAAACGAGUACUUCAAUGCUGUCUCCUCAAUGUGCGAACUUGUGGUCAGACGCAUUUUCAGCCCAGUAAAAUCCUUUGAUUUUCUGUAUCGCUUUACUGCCGACUAUGCAGAAGAAAAGAAACACUUGGAGCUUCUUCACAAAGUCUCCGAUGGUGUCAUUGAAUUGAAGCAAAAAUUACUUGAAUCCGAUGAGGUGCAAGACGAAGUCAAUGAAGUGGGUGCGAAGAGAAAAAUGGCUUUUCUGGAUCUUCUCCUCAAAUAUCGGGACGCAACUGGAAAACCGUUGUCAAAGAGCUUUAUCAGGAAGGAAGUAGACACAUUUAUGUUUGCAGGUCAUGACACAACGGCUUCAGCCCUUAGUUUUACUUUAUACUGCCUAGCAAAUCAUCCGGAUGUUCAGGCUAAGGCGCGGAAUGAAGUAGAUGAAGUCGUCGAAGCCUCAGAAGCUUUAACGUACAAAAAGUUGCAAGAGUUGAAAUACAUGGAUCUGGUAAUUAAGGAAGCCUUGCGAUUGUAUCCUCCAGUGCCCUACUAUGGUAGAAUUACCACUGAAGAAGUGGCGUUUGAAGCCAAUAAAAUUGUGCCAAAGGGGGUGGUACUCACUGUGGUGGCAUAUGCAGUCAAUCGGAAUCCUGAAGUGUUCCCCAAUCCAGACGAAUUCAUCCCUACACGUUUUUUGAACAGUGAAAUCAAGCCCUUUACUUAUUUGCCGUUCAGCGCUGGGCCUCGCAAUUGCAUAGGUCAAAAAUUCGUUCAGUUAGAAAUGAAGUUCGCAUUAGCCAGAAUUUUGCAAAACUUCGAACUUUUGCCCGCAACUCCCAACGUCGGAUUGAUUCUAUCAGCUGAGACGGUUUUGCAGUCCAAAAGUGGAAUAAACAUCAGCUUAAAGCAGCGAAAUAGCGAAUAGGAGUGUUUUGUUUUGUGGUUUCUUUUGUAUGGAAUUUACGUAAAAUAAAUUUUGCGUUCAAAAAGA